UAGUUUCAUAAUAUAAUCUCAAUUUUUAAUUUAAAGUAUUAACAUGUCAUCUGUUAUCUUAAAUUUCAUCCUUACUGCCUACAAAUAAAAUAUAAAGCCAUUUAUAAACAUCUAAAUUUCGUAAAACUAAUUAUUAUAAAUUCAAAUCACGUACACUGUUGCCAACGACUCAGCACGUUUUACAUAUCCGAAUUUUAAAGUCCGAAUAAAUUCUUAUUGGGUUAAAAUGUCAUGGAAGUUGUGGUUGUGAGGGGCGAGGGUGUUUCCGGGACAUAACCGCGAAUUUUUCCCAAAUUUAUCACAAAAACAUUGAAUAGGAGUCGGUUAGAGCAUGCAAAGAAAGUCUAAAAUAUUUGCAACUAAGCAGUGAGUGAAAUUUUAGCAGUUAACAUGUACAGCUACUACAAAACAGUGAUGGAUACGUUUUGGUCCCCAAGCAUUUGGCUGCCCCCAAACACAACUUGGGCUGAUAUCGCCCCGGAUUCAAGUAAAGAGAUACAGCAUGCUGAUUACAGACACCUUUGGUUCCCUCUGCCCAUGGCCCUAGUUGUGUUAUUAAUCAGAUAUUUAUUUGAAAAAUAUUGGUUUGCUCCUGUAGGUGUUAGUAUAGGAAUCAAAAGUACCAGACCUAAAAAAGCUCCGUCCAAUGAAGUAUUAGAGAAGGCUUAUGCACAGUCUAAAAAAUGGAAGCACAAACACGUUCAGGGAUUAGCAAAACAACUAGAUAUGUCAGAAAGACAAGUAGAGAGGUGGUUAAGGCUAAGAAAAAGUCAAAAUAAGCCUUCAACAUUGACAAAAUUCUGUGAAAAUGCAUGGAGGUGUACAUAUUAUACAUUUAGUUUUUGUUAUGGAAUUACUGUUUUAUGGGAUAAACCUUGGCUGUGGGACAUUAAUGAAUGCUGGAAUGGAUUUCCCCACCAGUCAGUUUCUAACGACAUCUGGUGGUACUACAUGUACUCGAUGGCCUUCUACUGGUCUCUGUGCGUCUCCCAAUUUUUUGACGUCAAAAGGAAAGAUUUUUGGCAGAUGUUCAUUCACCAUAUUGCCACCAUUUUACUGAUGUCACUGUCAUGGAUAGUCAACGUUUUUAGGGUGGGCACCCUUGUAUUGGUUGUGCAUGAUCUGGCCGACAUAUUUUUGGAGGGAGCCAAGAUGACUAAAUAUGCCGGAUAUCAAAAAGUAUGUGAUGUGAUAUUUGCUAUUUUCACUGUUAUUUGGAUAGUGACUAGGUUAGGAUUUUUCCCGUUCUGGAUUAUCAGAAAUACCUCAAUAGAUGCUCCAAAAUUAGUACCAAUGUUUCCCGCUUACUACAUUUUUAACAGCCUUCUAUGCGUCUUGCUAGUGCUUCACAUUUUCUGGACUUACCUCAUAUUGAAGAUUGCGUACAAGUCACUUAAUGCUGGACAGAUGGAGGGAGAUAUUCGUAGCAGCAGCGACGACGAUGAUAUAAGUGAGGAGUCAAAUAAUUCCAACUCGUUAUCCAACCAAAAUCAUACGAAAAACGAGUGAGAAAACGGUCUGAGACAACUUAAGCGAAUUAACGGGUCAGUUUGUAUUUUUUUGUUUUGUUUUGGCAAGUAGUGUGGUAUGAUCGGUGUCUACAAGUGAGGGCUGUUAUUUUCGAGGCCUUAAUUUAUUUUUAUUUGUAUCGUGUGGAAGGAAGUUAAGUUAAAAGGGCGAAAUAAUAUCAAUAUAAUGAGUCCGAUAGGACAACUGUUUUUCUUGGAUUACACUUAUUAUGUUUACAUUUUUUUAAACAGCAUUACGACACAUCAAUUUCAGUGUAUGGGAUUUAAGUCGUUUUGAUGUGAUAUUUGGCUUGAUCUGUAUUUAUAUCCGCUCACAGUUAUUUUAUUUGAUUUUGAAUCAAUUGAUUGGUCUUUAAAAAUUGAGUACUCCAAAGUCUGUGGGUGACUUUUUAUGCUUUAUUAGAAAAUGUACAAUUUACCAAUGAAGUAUAAGAUUUCAUAAUAGUAAUUCUAUCGGACUGGAGUCUUUGUAAAACUUUAAAUAUUGCAAGCAAAAUAUUGAUUCUCUAUACGUGCCUAACAUAUUCAGCCCCCAAUUGAUAUUUGCAAACCAGAGUACAAUAUUUGUAUUAGGCGCCCUCAAAACUACUAACAAUUUUUUUUUAUUUGGUACUUCGAUUUUCUUAUUUUAUUUUAUGUUAAAUUCCAAACAGAUCGGCCUCAACAGUUUUAAAGAUAAGCAGAUAUGCAAAAAAAGUUUAAAAUUAUUAUUAUUAUUUUUUAUUUUAAUUUUAAUAUUAAAAUUAUACAUAUCCUUAAUUACAUUCUUCUAGUUAAAAAUAUACAAAUCGGAAAGACAUUAGACUAGUCUUCUUGUCUCAAUCCCCUAGGAGGGAUAGACGUCACCCUAGAAUCUUAAAUGGGAAUGAGGGUCAAGCGGCACAUCAUUUUAAAGGGCGCUCAAUUCUCUUUUCAAUGGUAUCCUACUUUGUUGCUUUUUGUCAAGAGAUUUCGGAAUAUUCACGUUUCAAAGUUGCGGAAACAAUUAAACUUGCCUGCAUUGAGAUUUUGGUUUUUAGGUUAGUUUUUACACAAAAACUAUUGCAUUGGGUCUCCUUGUAGUACAAAUUAUUAGAAGUCACACUGUUAACAUCGUUAAGUAACAGGACAAAAAUUGUAAACUAGAUUUACUUGACUUGUUUUUUUAUUUAUUGAUUAUUUUACUUCUACAAAAAUAACUUUUUAUUUGCGGAAGAGAAGUCUUCCUUAUCUUAUAAGUUGUUGAAAAUGUCCAGUUUCCUGUUAACAAUAAUAAAGUCUGUUUUUGAACUUCUCCCUAACAUCUUAGAAAUACCGCGAAUCGACCGGCAUUCUGCUGCAAUUCGCCUUUUAAGAUCAGCAGGUCGUGUUUUCUAAACAAUAGAUUUAAGAUGGCUCCAAAGAAAGAAGUUCCAAGUCCUCUUCUGCUAAUUCAUUUAUCCGGGAAUCUCUCGUUCAACCACUGUCGCACCCUAAGAAAAUAAAGAGGUUGGGCACUAGGGCGGGCCGAAAAUGGAUAUUUUUUUUUAUUAUCGCGAGUAAUGUGGAAAAUGUCUAACAGGCGAACAUUAAUGAUUAUACAAAAGAUGAGGCAGAUUAAAUAAAAAAUUAACCGAGCCCCAAAAGCCCUUAAUAUUCAAAAAAAAAAAAGAAAAUUGAUCUGAGUAGCGAAAAAAUGUUCAGAAACAAUGUUAUUAAGAUGUAUAUAAAAAUCAAGACAAUAAUUUUAUUUUCCACCAGGCCCCAAGCUUUAAUAAAACUAAAAAGUUUUGUGCAGCUCUUCGCCUGACUUGGUGUUUAUGUAGAAAAUGCUGUCGGGUGGGCGAUUAGCGAAUAUUUAGUUGUAUGAUUUUUGUAUUACAAUAUAAAUUAACAACAAUUAAUUAUAAACACUAAACCAGCCCAGAACUCACCACGUGGAGGUGGCUGCACAUCGAGUUCCACCCACCCACCCUACCC